CUACAGAGGGUCCAAAAUGCUGCCGCUAGGUUAAUUUUCCUGGAAUCUAAAUACUGCCAUGUAUGACAUGUAUUGUUAACAUAUAAGUCUAUCAAUGACUUAGCACCUUUUUAUCUCCAGGAACUUAUUAGUCUUAAAGAAGCAUGUAAGUACAAGUUACGCUCCGAUUGUGAUGGACUGCUACUAAAGCCUGUGAAAUUCAAGACUUUAACAACGUUAGGAGAUCGAUCUUUUGCUGCCGCUGCUCCUCAACUAUCCGUCUGUGGAAUUCAUUGCCCUAUUCAAUUAGGAGUAGCCGCUCAGUAGCAUCUUUUAAAAAGACACUCAAGACAUUUUUAUUUCAGAAAGCUUUUUUGUGAUUUUAUGUGCUUUUUAAUCUCGUUUUUAGUAGGUUUUAUGCAGUUUUUUACGAUUUAAGUAGUCUA